CGCAGUCAGCUUGACACAGAAAGAUCAUUUCCCAAGACUUCUCCAACCUGCUGACAUUGACUGUUUUGCAACAAUGGAUCUAUUGCUCUUCCUUCUGUGCUGUUCUGUGUUUUUAACUCCAACAGUCCUUUCACCGUUAUACUUAAUCACUGCCCCCAAUAUUAUUCAUGCUGGGGUGCCAGAGACUAUCACCAUUCAAUUGGACAGAAUAGAAAAGUCUGUCAAAAUCAAAGUUUAUUUAUUGGACACUUUGACAUACACGCGUUGUUCAGAAGAAGUUGACUUUGAACUAAAUGCUGGGAACAACUAUCAGGAAAUUAAAACUGUGACUGCUCUUCCUCAUCCCAUCAAGGAGGCUAACAUUUGGUCACGUCGAACCAAAUACAUUUCUCUUGUUGCUGAAUGUCCAGAGCUGUUUACAAAAAGGAGAAUGGUUCCAAUCCUGCUGUCAUCAAAAAAAGGUUACAUAUUCAUUCAGACGGACAAACCAAUAUACACACCCAAUGAAAAUGUUCAGUUCAGGAUCUUUGCCCUUGACAAUUACAUGCGACCAGUAGAUGAGACCAUCAGAAUAACUACAUACAACUCCAGAGGUAUGCAGUUUCCCAGCUAUUUAUUGAAGUCAAAAUACGGAUUGACCCAGAAGCUAAAGAUUCCAGAUAUCGCAAAGCCUGGCAACUGGCGCAUUGAAGCGCAGUUUGUGGAUUCACCGAUGUCCAUGGUAUCUGCACAAUUUGAGGUCAAGGAAUUCGUUCUCCCCAGUUUCGAGGUCGUGGUGACGUUGGAACAUACGUUUUAUCUGAUAACAAACGAUAAAUUCAAAUUUGAAAUCUCGGCACGACAUACAUAUGGCAAGGCGGUGGAAGGAAUGGCUUAUGUGAGAUUCGGAAUUAUUGACAACAUGAAGAAUCACACCUAUAUUCGGGGCCUAGAACAGCAAUUGCAGAUCAAACGUGGAUCAGCCGCAUCUUCACUGACAACUGCAGAUCUGGAAACAAAACUCAAAACAUUGGGAAAAAUGAAUGGCUUUGUUGGGUACCAUCUCUAUAUGGCAGUAACAGUUUUAGAAACAGCCAGUGGGGAAAUGGAAGAGACUGAACUCAAAAACAUCAAGAUUGUUUCCUCACCAUACGUAAUUGAUUUAUCAAGAACAAGCAACUACUUUAUACCACGGUUUCCAUUCUAUGUGCUGGCCAAGGUUACAUAUCCUGAUGGAUCUCCUGCCUCGGGUGUUCCUGUUAAGCUGGAAGGAGAAACAUCAAGUAUUACAAUGGAAAACGGCCAGAUCGAGUUUAUCAAACAAAGCCUAAGUUACAAUGCAGAUUCUUUUAACAUUAAGGUAAUAGCUGGGCAUGGAACAGAAGCCGUUGAAGCAAACAAAACUGUGAGCAUUUACCGUUCCACUAGCAAGAGAUAUCUCUACGUCAGUGUGCCACGAGGUGUGAUAGAUCCGAGUCGCUCAAUUUUUGCAGAAGUAAGAACGGACAGUUUUCAUGGUGAUCUCGAUGGCAAAUAUUACUACUACAUGAUCAUCAGCAAGGGCAAAGUUCUUAAGAUGGAUAGAAUUCAGAAAGCGGAUUUCGUAAAACUCCCAAUUGAUCUGAGUACCACCAUGGUUCCCGCAUUCCGGCUGGUCUUCUACUAUUAUGCCAAUAUCGGGGGCAGUCCAGAGAUAGUGGCCAAUUCAGCCUGGAUCGAUGUGCAGGAUGUCUGUGAAGGCAAGAUUACAAUAAAAGAUAUGCCCAAACAAUACGGUCCAGGAUCAAUGGUCAAACUGCACCUUAAAACUGAAGACAGAGGAGAACUUUCCCUGGGCAUCGUGGAUAAAGCAGUCUAUAUUCUCAACAGCAAGAAUAAACUCAAACCUGCCAAAGUCUUUGAAGAGAUGAAUUCUUAUGACCUUGGAUGCACUUUUGGAGGUGGUGCUGAUAGUGUUGGUGUUUUCAUGGAUGCCGGGCUGACAUUUAUUUCCAAUGCUGGAACAUCGGUAAUUCGGAAUGGGUAUUCCUGCAAAAAAGAUAACGAAAGGAAGAAAAGAUCAUUGGACAUUCAACAACAGUACAUGGGAAAAUUAAGCCACUACACCGACAAUCUAAGGAAAUGCUGCAUGGAUGGAUUAACAAUACUUCCAAUGAAACGUAGCUGUAAAGAUCGGGCAUUUCGUAUCAAGGACGAUGAAUGCCGAAAGGUUUUCCUCACUUGCUGUGACUUUGGCAUGGAAGCGAGGAAGAACCAAUCGCAGAAGCUCGAUACAAUCGGAAGACAGUGGGGAGAUGAUGAGGAUGACGUCUUUGAUGAGUACAAUGUCCAUAUUCGCAGCUCUUUUCCAAAGAGUUGGCACUGGAAAACAUAUUAUAAUAGACCUGCAGGAGAGAACCAGUUUACUGUUGUCCUCCCCGAUUCAAUAACAACGUGGGAAGUUCAGGCAGUUGGCAUGUUUAACAAUAAAGGCUUUUGUGUUGCGGAGCCGAAGACAAUAAAGGUUUUCAAACCUUUCUUCAUAUCUUUGCGGCUACCGUAUUCAGUCAAAAGAAAUGAGCAACUGGAAGUGAGGGCGGUAUUGUACAAUUACCACGAUGAAAAAAUUAAGGUGAAGGUAUAUAUGAAGCCCGUGGAUAACCUUUGCAGUCCUGCCACAGGCGGGAAUCAUGAAAGAACUGUGACAGUUCAAGCAUACUCAGCCGUUCCCGUAUAUUUCUCUGUGGUUCCUCUAACCAUUGGCGAUAUGCCCAUCACAGUAAUCGUAUACAGCGUGGGUGAUAUCCAAAUAAGUGAUGCUGUUAUGAAGAAACUGAAAGUGCUGGGGGAGGGUGUCUUGAAGACAGAAGAACAAAGUAUUCCCAUUGAUCCACGUGUGAAGAGUUCCUAUCAGGUGUAUGAACCGAAACCUUCUAACAUGGUUCCAGACACCAAGUCCUACCUGUACAUCCGCGCAAGAGGUCACGUGAUGGGAGAAAUUGUGGAAAACAGCCUGUCGCCUGAGGGGAUCGAGAAGCUCAUUCGAUUACCGACAGGGUGCACUGAGCAAACGACGACCGCAUUGGCCCCAACAGUCUUUGCUGCCAAUUACCUCGACAAAAGUGACCAAUGGUUGCAUCUAAAGGCAGAGCUGAAGGACGAAGCACUCAGUCACAUUAGAGCAGGGUACAAAAGGAUACUGGAACAUAAAAAUGCCAAUGGAGCAUAUGGAAAAUUCAGCAACUACCCUGGCAGUACAUGGUUAACCGCAUUUAUUGUUAAGAUACUGUCAAUAGCUAAUACUCAGGUCCAGGUUGACGAUGACCAAGUUCAACAAUCCGUCUUGUAUUUGCUGGAGCAUCAGACUGCAGCUGGAGAGUUUUACGAUCCCUAUCCCAUGUUUCCAAAUUUACAGGGUGGAAUUAUAAAAGGAGACGCAAAAAUUCCGACCACAGCCUUUGUCACAAUAGCACUGAUGAGAUCCUGGACUUUCUUUCACGAAGAUCUUGCAACCCAACAACGAGUGAACACAAGCAUUUCAAAAGCAAUUAGCUACCUUUCUAAGGAGCUUGACAAUAUCAAGCGCCCAUACUCAUUAAUGAUCACCGCCUACGCACUUGCAUUGUAUGACCCUGAAAGCUCAGCUGCUCGUCUGGCUGAUGAAAAAUUGAAAGAGAUGGCCAUUUACAUUCAAGAGGACUAUGUCCGCUUUUGGGAUGAUGAUGGAACCUCACGCGGUGGAGGAGCCGGAGGAGGGCAAGCUUCAGCUGGGAACGUGGAGACCACCGCUUACGCCUUGCUUCAGACGCUGGCUAUGAAAGAUCUCCAGUACGCCAAGCCCAUCGUCAAAUGGCUAACGGAGCAACGGAGCUAUGGUGGAGGAUACCGUUCAACUCAGGAUACAGUGGUCGCCCUGGAAGCUCUGUCCGAGUACAGUAUCGUUACUUUUCAGCCAGAACCGUUGAACCUGCAUUUCACAUUCAGCCAUCCAAUUCAGAUGACGAAACAAGUUCUCAACAUACAGGAGGACAACGCGUUGCUACAGGACGAGUUAAAGUUCCCACUUGGGUACAACAUCACCAUCGAAGUUAAGGGUAGAGGAACUGGAACGCUGAGUUUUCUGAAAUCCUACCUGCUGAUCUCCGAGCCCAAGAAUACAUGUGAUUAUUUCAGGCUUGAGGUUACAGUGAAAGGGAAGGUGGAAUACGAGGCUCCAGAUUACAACUAUGAAGACUAUGAAGAACUUGUCCCAGCCGAUCAACCCCUGAGCGAAAUUGACUGGUUUGAUCUUCGAUCCCGGGCAAGAAGACAGGUCCUAGAUCCUGAGAAAGACACAACAAUAUAUUAUGAAGUGUGUGCAUGGCAUGAGCCGGACGGCAACAAGACCCAAAAAGCCUCUGGAAUGGCCAUCGUGGACAUCUCGCUGCUCAGUGGAUUCGAGCCCGAAACCACCGAUUUGAAUAAGUUAAAAAACCUAGCCGAUAGAUACAUCGAUAAAUACGAGUUCAAGGAUGGGAGAGUGCUGCUCUAUCUUGAUAAGGUUACUGACUACAGAGAAUGUGUCAUAUUUGCCGCCAAACAAACCAUCCCCAUUGGAUUAAUACAGCCAGCAAGCGCGACACUCUACGACUAUUACAAUCCAAGUUUGAAAUGCAAUAUAUUUUAUAACGCUCCAGAAAGAAGCACCAUUGUAUCGAAGUUCUGUCAACAUGAUGUGUGCCAAUGUGCUGAAGCAUUUGUUGUCAACCUGUUGGGAAUCGAUACAGUAGGGAGUUUCCAAGUUUACAAAGUUUCCAUCACAAAGAGGAUUAAACUCGCCAGCGACGAGAGCAUUCAGGUGAACGAUGUCCGGCACUUCCUCAAACAGAUGGCCUGCCCCAUGAACCUGGUGCCUCACAGGUCCUACCUCCUCAUGGGAAAGGACGGCAAGACCAAAGAUGAAAAACAGAACACCCAGUACAUCCUGGAUUCAGAGUCUUGGGUUGAAGAGAUGCCGCCGCAAGUAAAAUGCGACAGCACGAAUUUCAGAAGUAUCUGUGAGAAAUUGGUUCAGUUCAUGGAUGAUCUUCAAAAACACGGAUGCCAGUUAUAAGGAAAAGCGUUAUGGACUUGUCCACCAUGCAGCCUGUUGAACUGCUUUAUUAUCUCUGGAAAAAAAUGCUUCGCCUGUGUAUCGAAUGAUUUGUGGCACAGAACUGUCUUGCUUCCACCAAUAAUGUCCCUGUUAUAAUUCUUAAA